AUGACUCUCUUCUCAUCAAGGAUCAAACUCAUGUUCAUCAUUGUCUUGACAUUUCCUCUUUAUUCUGAAACUCUCUUUAUAAAAUCAGUAAUUUACAGGCAUCCGACAGUUUGUAGUUUGUAUAAUCAACUUUUCAACAUUUGCACCAAAGAAUAUAUUCCAGUCUGUGGAUCAGAUGGUCAUACUUAUUGCAACAAAUGUAUUUUCUGCAUGGCCUACAAGUAAGAACAUCAUGGUAAUUAUAUGCUGUAA